GUCAUACAAACCGGAAAAAGCCCUUUCCGGGAGCCGGGGUGUGAUUUCCGGCUCGCAGAAGAAAGUUGAGGUGGAGAGGUUUGCAGGUUCCUGGAUUUUAUAAAAUGGACAGUCAGGGAAGGAAAGUGGUGGUUUGUGACAAUGGAACCGGCUUUGUGAAGUGUGGUUAUGCAGGCUCCAACUUCCCUGAACACAUCUUCCCUGCCCUGGUGGGUAGGCCAAUCAUUCGCUCCACAGCCAAAGUGGGGAACAUCGAGAUUAAGGACCUGAUGGUGGGGGACGAGGCGAGCGAGCUGCGGUCCAUGCUGGAGGUGAACUACCCCAUGGAGAACGGGAUAGUCAGGAACUGGGACGACAUGAAGCACCUGUGGGACUACACCUUCGGGCCCGAGAAGCUCAACAUCGACUCGCGCAGCUGCAAGAUCCUCCUCACGGAGCCUCCCAUGAACCCCACCAAGAACCGCGAGAAGAUCAUCGAGGUGAUGUUUGAGAUGUAUCAGUUCUCAGGGGUUUAUAUUGCCAUCCAGGCUGUGCUGACACUCUACGCUCAAGGUCUCCUGACGGGCGUGGUGGUGGACUCGGGAGACGGAGUGACUCACAUCUGUCCUGUCUAUGAGGGCUUCUCUCUGCCGCACCUCACCCGGCGGCUGGACAUCGCAGGGAGAGACAUCACACGCUACCUCAUCAAGCUGCUGUUGCUGAGGGGCUACGCCUUCAACCACUCGGCGGACUUUGAGACGGUGCGCAUGAUGAAGGAGAAGCUGUGCUACGUGGGCUACAACAUCGAGCAGGAGCAGAAGCUGGCGCUGGAGACCACCGUGCUGGUGGAGUCCUACACGCUCCCAGACGGAAGAGUCAUCAAGGUCGGCGGGGAGAGGUUCGAGGCACCUGAAGCCCUGUUCCAGCCCCACCUCAUCAACGUAGAGGGGGUGGGUGUAGCCGAGCUGCUUUUCAACACCAUUCAGGCAGCUGACAUUGACACCAGGGCUGAAUUCUACAAACACAUCGUCCUGUCGGGGGGCUCCACCAUGUACCCCGGCCUGCCGUCCCGCCUGGAGCGGGAGCUGAAGCAGCUGUACCUGGAGCGCGUGCUGAAGGGGGACGUAGACAAGCUCUCGGUGAGUAGCGAGGGGGCGGCCCAAAACGCCACUGCAGGGUCAGGGGGGUCCGAUAGAUACAGCCAGCCCAGGGUUUGGGUGGGGAAAAGCUGAUUUUUUUUCUAUUGAAACUCUUGACACUUUUUCGUCUGAAUCUUGAGCCUGACUCCUUGUAAAAUGAGUCACUUGUGGCUACCCCUCAUUUGGAAACCUUCCCACCAUCGAUUGGUGAAAUAAAGGUAUUGUCGAUACCUUUGGGAAGUGUCUGGUCAGUCUAUGAGUGAGACAUCACUUUUUUCUACAGCGGUUUUCUAGUAUCUAAAAACAUGUAAGCUAGCUAUUGCCGAACAUCUUUAAAUAGUGCCGUGUGGGGAGAUGUCCACUAGGUGGAGACAUGGCUCCACGGUGGUAGCUUCACUGAGGCCUCUCACAGUCUGGUCCACACAACCCCAUGCCACACACUGCGCAAUGUGCGCUAACGCUAACGAGGCUGGAGCUAGCCAGGCCCGGCUCGGUCUCGUUUAACAUCUGGCCCCAAGCCCGGACUCCUCUUUGGCCUGGUGCUCAGGGCUCUGUGUUUAGUUAAUCAAUUACAGAUGGAGGGCUAGAUAAGGUGAGGAAGCAUGCCUGUCUGUCCUGCAGCCGCAGUUAAGGGAAGGAAACGCGGAGCCCGGUUAUUGCCUAACCGGAGUGCUGUCGGGAUCAGCCCGAGGGGCCCUUAAAAGUGAUGUAUGGGCUCAGCUUUUAAAUGCUGAGAGUUGCUCAACAGUUUUAACAAUUCGGAUUCAGUUCGAUUCAGAAAUUUCACCCCGUCACUUGAGUCUCGUCAGGCCUUUUAUUUGGAUGGAACUUUCAGACUGUGUUCUUUAAUCUUUCAUUGUUGAAAUUCUUGCAUAGCAGCUAAUGUAUUUUGCAUACAUUAGCCACACAAGUAGAAAGUUCAGCCAAAAGCCUGGAAAUUUAUUGCCUCCUCUCUCCCCCU